AUGUCGUCAGACUCGAUCGCCGUCGUCGGGACAGCCACCGACGACAUCCGCCACUACAGGCACCACCACCGUCAUCAUCACCACCAUCACCUCCAUCACCACGGCAAACGACAUAAGCGACCACCUCCGCCGCCAUCGUUGCGGAGACCGCCGCCGCCGCCCGAGACUUUUGAUUCGGCUGUGACGGCCACGCGCGAUACACCGGACACCGCCGCAUACCAUCAUCCGGUCAAGUACACCGGAUCUGUAGCGGUCAACUGUCACGAUCAGAUGACACGAGUCGAAUUCGUCAGAAACCUAAUGGCCAAACACAGAAAGGUGCAAAUUGAAAAAGAAGUCUCGCUAUUAAUUACUGUAUCCGGUAUUAAAGUAUGCAGUCCAGAUGGCGAGGAGGUUUUAAUGGCUCACGGACUCAGGAGAGUUUCGUACGCUACGUGCGAUCCGGGUUGUAAACAGUUUUGUUUCCUGGCCAGACAGCCUGGUGGUCAUAUCAACAAACAGUACUGUCAUUUGUUCGUUACAAAGACGGCUGAACAGGCUGAGGGAUUAAAUUCUAUUGUGGGAAAUGCGUUUAGAAUGGCGUAUGCUGCCCAAUUGGAGCUGGAAAGACGAUCGGUGACGAACUCGCCAAAAUCCAAUUUGAAUAAUACUUCAUGGAUGAAAUUAAAUGAUAAAUUAAAUGUACAACGAAUCCAUAAUGGAUCUCCUUUAUCGAAGAAGCUUAUUGAAACUCCUAAACCAACUCCACCAACUACCUUACCAGGCGUACGUCCUUUUGACCAUAGCAAAGGUUUAGAUCUCACGCCAGGACAAUUUUCUACACCAACUAGUAGUGACGACAGUCCAGAUUUAAAUACAUAUAAGCGUAUGUUAGAAAAACCCCCAUUAAUUAAACGUUUAGCCAUGGGUUUAUCAGUACACAAUAACUGCUCUAACGAAGACUGGUAUCCGCUAGUUUGUAGCUCUUCUGUAUCAAGCUCACCGUCUACCAAUAGUGACGAUUGUAGUACUCCUGAAUCUUCUCAAGAAAAAUUAAAAGACAAUAGAUUAACUCAAUGUAAUGUACGAUCGCCAGACUCGCCCUCAAAUAUCAAACUUAAAAAUAAUUUGAUAUCAAACAGUAUGGACAAAACUCCAACUCCUCCACCUUUACCAGAACGAUCAGAUAGUCUUCUGGAUAAACCAGAAGAAUGUGAGUUAAAAAAAGCACCGUGGUUUCAAGCCGGAAUUCCAAGAGAAAUAACACUGGAAGUUUUAGGACAAGAACCAGUAGGAGCUUUUAUGGUUCGUGAAAGUACUACCAAACCAGGGUGUUUUGCAUUGUCAUUAAGAGUACCUCAAGAAUUUCAUCCUCUAGGAAUCGCUCAUUAUCUAAUACUCAGAACGAAUAAAGGGUUUAAAAUUAAGGGUUUUACGAAAGAAUUCACAACGUUGACCGCAUUAAUAACUCAUCAUUCAGUAAUGCCAGAGCUACUACCUUGUCCUUUAUCUUUGAGCCGAUACAAUCCAACAUUUGUAAAAUCUGAUUCCAAUCAGGAUUUUGCAGAUAUUGAUGCGGAUCCAGAUUACAAUACGCUUGCAGACUUCAGAAAAAUGAUGGCUGAUCUAAAUGUAUAAACUUUUAAAAUUUUAAUAAAACAAAGCAGUAUUAUAAUAAUUUAAAAAGAUUUGUAUUCUUAAAUUUAAAUAUAAUUUGUAAUAAUAAUAAUGUGAGUUAUAAGUAAAAACA